UGCCCAGGUACUGCAUUCAAUCUCUGACAAUGAAUUAAACUUUACAUGAUCCCAUGUCAUCCAUUGAGAGUGUUUGCAUUGCAGAGAGCUGCCCAGGGCUCCACGUGGGGAGGUUCCUGCAGACAGAGGGGCAGACCUCACAGCUCCCCCAUACAGAAGCCUUAGUCUGGGCUGUGAAGUGACUCUGAAUACCGCAGGUGGUCCCAGGCCCUCCCCGGGCACACUGUACCCACCAUACCCGGUUAAUUUCACAAUCAGUCACAAGGCCUCGCACAGGCCCAGAAACCGCGGGGUUUCCUGAUCCUCGAGCCGCAGCGUCGCAGCCCCAGCCCGGCACACACAUGGCGGAGAGCACCGCCGACCCCGAGCCGGAGCUGGAACACAUCCGCCUGAAAAGUGUCAGAGAGGAGCAAUUCAUCACCGUGCCCGAGGGAGAUAGACUUGGAAGAUGUCGAAGUGUCAAAGAAUUUUUAAAAUUAAAUCGUAUUGGAGAGGGCACAUAUGGUAUCGUAUAUCGUGCCAGAGAUACCAUAAACAAUGAAAUUGUAGCCUUGAAGAAGGUGAGAAUGGACAAAGAAAAGGAUGGUAUUCCUAUCAGCAGUCUCCGAGAGAUCACACUGCUCCUGAAACUGCGACACCCCAAUAUCGUGGAGCUGAAGGAAGUGGUAGUUGGGAAUCAUCUGGAAAGCAUCUUUCUGGUUAUGGGUUACUGUGAGCAGGACCUUGCCAGUCUUCUGGAAAACAUGCAGACUCCAUUUUCUGAAGCCCAGGUAAAAUGUAUCUGCUUUCAACUCCUCACUGGACUCCAGUAUCUGCACGAGCACUUCAUUGUGCACAGAGAUUUGAAAGUGUCAAACCUGCUCAUGACGGAUAAAGGUUGUGUAAAAAUCGCUGAUUUUGGCCUUGCCCGUGCAUUUAGUGUCCCUGCCAAGCAGAUGACUCCUAAAGUAGUAACUCUCUGGUAUCGGGCUCCAGAGUUGCUAUUAGGAAGUACAACGCAGACAACUGCCAUUGACAUGUGGGCCGUGGGCUGUAUCCUGGCAGAGCUUCUAGCGCAUAAACCAUUGUUACCAGGAACCUCUGAAAUCCAUCAGAUUGACCUGAUCAUACAGCUGUUGGGGACACCAAGCGAAAACAUCUGGCCGGGCUUUUCCAAGUUGCCCCUGGUGGGCCAAUACACAGUGCGCAAACAGCCCUAUAACAAUCUGAAGCACAAGUUCCCAUGGCUCUCUGAAGCUGGCUUGCGGUUACUCAAUUUCUUAUUUAUGUACGACCCGAAAAAGAGAGCUACAGCCGAAGACAGCCUGGCAAGCUCCUAUUUCAAGGAAAAGCCUUUACCUUGUAAGCCACAACUGAUGCCAACAUUUCCACACCACCGGAACAAGAGGGUGAGCAGCGCAGGCUCCGAGUCGCAAAGCAAACGCUGCAAGCAGUGAUCCUGGUGUCUCUCACUGUUACGGAAGACUUAAUAGUGAAUCCAGACAGAGCAGCAAGGCAUAAAAUAGAGAACGGCUGUAGUCGUACCCUUUUAAGAAAAAUAGGAGCUAAAUGGGAGGUCUGUACCAGGUGACUGUGAAGAUUCUGGUAUUGAGAGAGGGCUAGAGGUGAAGGCCAAGUAAAAUUUGAGCAGAUGUUGAAGGCUAGUGAAUGGUCCUGGGAUGCAAAGGUUGGAAUAAUCAGUGUGGCCAGCACAACACAUCUGGAGUAAAGAGACUUUGUCAGUGUCUGGCCACAUGUCAUUUACAUGGAAGGGAGAAAGUGCAGUCAGUUCUUGUCCUUCGUAAAACCAUUGGCCUUGGUGUUCACUACUUUUAGAUGUAUGAAAUGUCUGUUGUGAUUUCCGUGUCCUAUAAUAAGGCAAAGCUUUUAAUAUCAAUCUGGAUACUGGAAUAUCACUUCUCCAUGCUUUGUCAUUUUAAGUUAUUUUUGUGAAUGGUCUGAGUUGUAGAACAGUUGUAUUGGCUUCUGUUCUGACAGA